CCCGCCCAAAUACAGCGUAGCGCUGCGCGACACGGACUGCACGCGUCGAGGCCCACAGCUUCAAGCUCCAACUUCGAUUCUGUCACCACAACCACCGCCACCAUGGAUGAGACGAUGAGCGAAGAGCACAGCUCGCGGAGCAACGAGGACCAGCAGGAGGAGGCUGAUCACAAGAUUAUCAACGAGGAGUACAAGAUAUGGAAGAAGAACUCGGUCUUCCUCUACGACAUGUUGUACGGGCGCGCGCUCGAGUGGCCCACCCUCACCACGCAAUGGCUGCCCGACAAGAAGCCCGUCGAGGGCACCGAGAUGAGCCAGCACCGCGUGAUCCUGGGCACCCACACAUCCAACCAGGCGCAGAACUACCUCCAGAUCGCCCACUGCGAGAUCCCCGACUUCCGCACGCCCGAGCUGUCUGAGGUCAGCGAGGAUCGCGAUGAAGUCGGCGGACACGGUCAUGCAAAACGGCCGUUCGACUUCAAGAUCGUGCAGAAGAUCAACCACCCCGGCGAGGUCAACAAGGCGCGCUACCAGCCCCAGAACCCCGACAUUAUCGCGACGCUGUGCACAGACGGACGUGCGCUCAUCUUCGACCGCACAAAACACCCCCUGCAGCCCAAGGGCGACGCCAUCCAGUUCGAGGCCGAGUGCGUGGGCCACGAGAAGGAGGGGUUCGCGCUGAGCUGGAGUCCCUUUCACGAGGGCCAUCUGGCGACCGGUGGCGAAGACACGACGGUCAAGACAUGGGACAUCAAGAGCGGCUUCUCCAAGUCCAACAAGACCAUCAGCCCCAGCGCCUCGUACACGGUCCACAGCGCAACCGUGAACGACGUGCAGUACCACCCCAUCCACGCCCACCUCAUUGGCUCUGCAUCCGACGACCUGACCUGGCAGGUCAUCGACACGCGCCUCGAGUCGCACAAGAAGGCGCUCUGGAGGAAGGUCGCCCACACGGACGCCGUCAACAGCAUCGCCUUCCACCCCGAGUGGGACAUGAUUCUGGCUACUGGUUCUGCCGACAAGACGAUUGGUAUCUGGGAUCUGCGCAACUUCGAGAAGCCGCUGCACAGCCUGGUGUACCAUCGUAGCGACGUCAUCGGCCUGCAAUGGCAUCCUCAGGACGCCGCCAUCCUCGCCAGUUCCAGCUACGACCGCCGCAUCCUGUUGUGGGACACAAGCAAGAUUGGCGACGAGCAGACGGAGGAGGAGGCCGAGGACGGUCCGCCUGAGUUACUCUUCAUGCACGGCGGUUUCACAAACAGAAUCUGCGACUUUGACUGGAACAAGAAUGACCCGUGGGUCAUGAUGGGCGCGGCCGAGGACAACCAGCUGCAGAUUGUCCGCCCCGCGCGCAAGCUCGUAGAGCCCAUUGAGCAGACAGUCCACCAUGGAGAGGUUUCGGACUAGACUCAUGCUGUGUUGGUUUCUAUGACUGACGUGCGACCGUAGGAUGCGCGCAGCAGCGAGAGUUCGAGUUUGAGCCCAGAGCGGGCGCCGCCGAUAGGAGCGCCUGCGCCUGUCCUGGCACAACGGCUCCGUCCGAGUGUUCGGUCAGCACUCACUCCACAGGUGCAUGCGUCGCCGGUCGCCGGCAGGAAGAGAGGCCGCCCGCGUUUGUAAAUACCCGCAAUCUGAAGAUUAGGUGGUUUCGCAUGAAAGACGGCAGGCGUUCGGAGCACAAAACGGAUAUCCAGAGCAGGUCAGCUCGUAGUCGCAAUUAUUCAUCCUUGCAAUGCCCUGCAUCGCCGUGAACCUUGUCCUGAAUCGAGCCGUUGCAGCUCCGAGGUCCAACGCUAGGCCCGAGCUCAAGCUCAAGCUCCCCGCAUCCACCACCACCUCCAA